UUGAUAUAUUUUGUUGUCACUCAAUCCAGUGCCCCUUGAACUGAUCACCAUUGCUGUGGAUGUGCCCUGGAUGCUGUUGCUAAGCGACAUACGACAGGGCAUCUUCUACUGCAUGCUGCUGUCCUUCUGGAUCAUCUUCACUGGGGAACAUCUCAUGGACCAGUCAGAGAGGAACCGCCUCUCAGUGUACUGGCGCCAGGUUGGGGCUAUCACCUUCGGAUGCCUCUGUAUGUUCAUCUUCGACAUGUGCGAAAGGGGUGUGCAGCUGACCAACCCGUUCUACAGCAUCUGGGUGACGGAGACGGGGAAGAACUUGGCCUUGGCCUUCAUCAUCUUGGCCGGUGUGUGUGCCAGCAUCUACUUCUUCUUCCUCUGCUUCAUGGUGUUCAAGGUGUUCCGCAACAUCAGUGGGAAACGGGCCUCGCUACCCACCAUGUCUGAUGCCAGGCGUCUGCACUACGAGGGUCUGAUCUACCGUUUCAAGUUCCUGAUGCUGUUCACCCUGCUGUGUGCAGCCACUACUGUCAUUUUCUUCAUCAUCAGCCAGGUAGGACUGGGAUAUACAUUUGUAUCUCAGUCACAUCAGAUGUGUUUGCAUGUAGAAGUGGAGGCUUAA